AGGAAAUAGGCUCGAGGAGCGGCAUCCUCCUUGCGCUACCCGAGGCAGAGAAGAGGCCAGAGAGGAGGCGGCGGGCGGAGGAGGCAAAGGAGCCUACUGCAGAGAAGAAAGUGUCGGAGCCGGUUCGGCUUUAGAGUGUGGUGAAGGGUACUUUUCAUGUUGCAUGGAAGGAAAGCCAAUGCGCAGUGGCAGCAAGUGACCUGCUCCCCCAACUCCCAACUUCACAGAAAAAAGAGACCAUCAGGUGUACCAACAUUCGACCAGGAGAGACUGGAAUGGAUGUAACAAGCCGCUGCACCCUUGGAGACCCCAACAAACUGCCAGAAGGGGUUCCCCAACCUGCCCGCAUGCCCUAUAUCUCAGACAAGCACCCUCGACAAACCUUGGAAGUGAUUAACCUUCUGAGAAAGCACCGGGAGCUGUGCGAUGUGGUGCUAGUUGUGGGCGCUAAGAAGAUAUAUGCCCAUCGAGUCAUUCUGUCAGCCUGUAGUCCCUACUUCCGAGCUAUGUUUACAGGAGAAUUGGCAGAGAGCCGUCAGACGGAAGUUGUGAUCCGAGACAUAGAUGAGAGGGCUAUGGAACUACUGAUAGACUUUGCAUAUACCUCCCAGAUAACUGUGGAAGAGGGCAAUGUUCAGACCCUUCUGCCAGCUGCUUGCCUCCUUCAGCUGGCAGAAAUACAGGAAGCCUGUUGUGAAUUCUUAAAGAGACAGUUAGAUCCUUCUAACUGCCUGGGCAUUCGGGCUUUUGCUGACACACAUUCAUGUCGUGAGUUGCUAAGGAUAGCAGACAAGUUCACUCAACAUAACUUUCAAGAGGUGAUGGAAAGUGAAGAGUUCAUGUUGCUUCCAGCCAAUCAACUCAUUGAUAUAAUAUCUAGUGAUGAACUAAAUGUUCGCAGUGAAGAACAGGUGUUCAAUGCAGUGAUGGCCUGGGUUAAAUACAGUAUUCAAGAAAGACGUCCUCAGUUACCCCAGGUGCUGCAGCAUGUUCGUUUGCCUUUGCUUAGUCCCAAGUUUCUGGUGGGUACUGUAGGCUCUGAUCCCCUCAUCAAAAGUGAUGAAGAAUGCAGAGACUUGGUAGAUGAGGCUAAAAACUAUCUUCUAUUGCCUCAAGAACGACCACUAAUGCAAGGACCAAGGACAAGACCACGGAAACCUAUUCGAUGUGGAGAAGUACUCUUUGCAGUUGGUGGUUGGUGCAGUGGAGAUGCCAUUUCCAGUGUUGAACGAUAUGAUCCACAGACCAAUGAAUGGCGAAUGGUAGCUUCAAUGAGCAAAAGGCGAUGUGGAGUUGGGGUCAGUGUUCUUGAUGACCUGUUAUAUGCAGUAGGAGGCCAUGAUGGGUCCUCUUAUCUCAAUAGUGUUGAAAGGUAUGACCCCAAAACAAACCAAUGGAGCAGUGACGUUGCUCCUACAAGCACCUGCAGGACAAGUGUUGGUGUGGCUGUGCUUGGAGGCUUUCUCUAUGCUGUGGGUGGCCAGGAUGGAGUGUCUUGCCUCAACAUCGUUGAGAGGUAUGAUCCGAAGGAGAACAAGUGGACUCGGGUGGCUUCUAUGAGUACUAGGAGACUAGGCGUGGCUGUGGCUGUGUUAGGAGGGUUCUUAUACGCUGUAGGUGGCUCUGAUGGGACAUCUCCACUCAACACAGUGGAGCGUUAUAAUCCUCAGGAAAACAGAUGGCACACCAUAGCCCCUAUGGGGACCCGGAGGAAACACCUAGGCUGUGCAGUGUAUCAGGAUAUGAUCUAUGCCGUAGGAGGUAGAGAUGACACUACAGAGCUUAGCAGUGCUGAGAGAUACAACCCCAGAACCAACCAGUGGUCUCCAGUGGUGGCUAUGACAUCCCGCCGUAGUGGAGUUGGCCUGGCAGUAGUGAAUGGACAGCUCAUGGCUGUAGGAGGUUUUGAUGGCACAACGUACUUGAAGACCAUUGAAGUUUUUGAUCCUGAUGCCAAUACAUGGAGGUUAUAUGGCGGGAUGAAUUACCGUCGGCUUGGAGGUGGUGUAGGAGUUAUAAAAAUGACACAUUGUGAAUCCCAUAUAUGGUGAACAUACAGAAGACAGUCAUGCAUAUGCUCCUCUGUAUUGUGGAGAGCUUUGACUUUGGAGCUUUGUACAGCUCUAGAAAACACUAAACAAAUUUUAUUCUUUGCCGGUGCCUCAACAUGUGGAAAUACAAAUACAUUGAAAGUACUUCACCUGCAAGACGCCACCUUUGCACGAUAAUUUUCACUUCUGUGCAGAAGAAUAUUUAUUUUUGGUUUUAAUUUAUCAUGGGAUUUUUGUUGCUGGGUUUUUGGUUUUUUGUUUUUGUUUUGGGAUUUAGCCUUCCUCCCACCAAAAGAGAAAAAAAGGAAAGACAAAAAAAAAAGACAAACAUUUCAAGCAGUAAAACCUUAUUUUUAAGAUACUGAUUAAGUUUGAAACUACUAAUAAGGGAAGAGGUCUAUAUGGGAUCUAGUUGUCAGUUCUAAGCACUCCAUCCACAAGACUCCACUACUUACAGGGACUUACUUACCAGUGACAAAGAUAGGUAUGCAAGGUGUAUUAGUUAGCCAUCAUUCUUGCACUAAGCACCAGAAGACCUGAAAAUCUAAAAAACAAAACAAAGGAAACAUCUCAUUUAACUAGAACAAUUCAAAAGGAAUAUUAAAUCAAUAAGACCAGGACUCAGAUGCCAAAGUUUUCAUCAGUGGAAGCUCACAUCUUGUUUCCUUCCUUAUGGUCUUGUUUGCCACUAUAAAGUCUUUUUUUUUUUCAAAUAUUUCCAUAGAGUUCCUGCUAGAUCUAGAGCUCUGCUCAGUGCCUCUACAAAAACAGUAUAUGAUUCUCAUAUACUGUCUUGAGAAUCCCCCAGUAGAAUCACGUGUAACUCUGCAAGUUUUUGCUCAAAAAUGUUACUGACUGAAGCAACUUUCCUUCCUAUUUCCUAUUGCUACUAAGGACCAGCAGGGAGAAAUGUCCUCUCCCCAGCAGUGAAUACUGUUAUGCAAUUUACACUUGAUGCUCAGGCCUGCUGAAGCUGAGGCUUACCUGUAAUCACAGCCUCCAAGGGAAUGAAUUCUUCAGUUCGUGUAAUAGUAUGCUAACGAGUAUAAAAUCAAUUGAGGCAUUUAAUUAAUAAAAUCUUGGUUCUUUUAUAAAAACUAUAUAUCAUUAUCCUCAUUCUAUAAAGCCACUAUUACCACUACUCUCAAAUUGCACUUUCUGGUAAAAAGUUAACAUUUUUAAGGAAAAAAAAGAAUACAGAUUUCAGUGGUUAAAGUGUUUUUGUCAUUGUGAUCAUACACCAAUUUUUUUCAAUGUAUCUUGCAGGAAAAGCUUUGAAAAAGACUUUAACCACAACCAUAAGGAAUAACCUUCUUCUCCCUCCCCUCACUACAAAAAUGUUUGGCAACAUUUGUGUUUACAUUUAAAGAUCAUUUGCACCUUUAUAAGGAAAAAAAAUAAGUAUUUGGUAAACAAUUGUUUACAUGCAUCAUUUAUGCUUUUUUCUAGCAUGUAUAACUUUUUAAAAUAAAGGUAGUACUUACCAUAAAAAAAUUUUGGUUAUUGCUUUUUAAUGCUUGUAUCUUUGCUACUUAAUUUAGAUUUUCUGUUUCUAUAUCAAUCAUUUACAUUUCCUAUUAUAAAGUUAUAAGUACUUACAACCUGAAGGAAUAAAGGGAUUGCCAGCUAGAAUUAUGAAUUUUUAUUAUAUAUUUUAUAUAAUAGUAGUAUAUUACCUAACCUCUAAACUUAUUUUCUGGUGUGGGACUUGGAAUCAAACGAUUUUGAGCUAGAAGAGCUUUUAACAAUCAUCUGGUCCAGGGACUUCCCUGGUGGCACAGUGGUUAA